ACAUCACGAUUCACGACGAUGAGCUACGAUCCCAACGCUGGUUACCGCGCGCUGCAAGGCCGCGUAAACGCCGACACCGAGACCCUCUUGAAGCGGUUCGAGAACAUCGCGAUGCUGGCACCGGUUGAAAACAAAGACAAAACCAUCGCGGCAGCAGAAGCGUACCAGAUCGAGACGCACGCGUCGUCGAUGAUCCGGGCGGCGGAGGACCUAGUGGCGCUGACGCGGCAGCUGAAGGAGGCGUGGUUGUUUGGGCAGCUUGGCGGCGGGUUUGAGGGCGGCACUACGGGGGCCGAUGCCGAUGCGGUGGUCGUGGGCGAGAUGCUAAGGAGGAGGGGGACGGAGAGGGUUGAUAGUGAGGUGGUAAAGGAAAAGGAGGGGGGAAGGGAGGUGGUUAUGGAAGGUUGAAUCAAGUACCAACGUGAAAUGACCGGACCGUGACGCGUGGAGUUAUUGGCCGUGUAAAGUACAUUGACGAACGGCGGCGGCGGCAUCGUUGAACACCGCACGCCGCAGAGCCCCACCCCACCAUACACCCCACCAUCCUUCCCCAUCCGCCACCACCUCCACCACCACCUCCCAUCACGCAACAAUGACCACGCCCAAACCACUCACCCUCAUCGUCGCGGCCACGGGCGCGCCCACGCUCGGCAUCGGCCGCAACGGCGCGCUGCCCUGGCGGCUAAAAUCGGAACUCUCCUACU